CUUUAAAUAAAUAUAACACAAAUAUUAAAUCUGGUGGCCAUGCAGCUGGACUGUUGGACAAAAAUUUAAAAUUCAAAAUCUAUUGUUAAAAUAACUUAUAAUAUAUUUAUAAAUUUUUAAAUUGCACUGAAAAUGGAUGAACGAUUCGCAAACUCACCGAUGACUGAAUUGUCAAUAGAUUUGGAAUUAAGCUCUGUGUCAACUCCUCGAAGAAGGUUGUCACUUGACUAUGGGACACCAACGCCAAAAAGAGCUGGUUCAGUUACAGAGUCUGUUGAAUCUGGAAUUAUGAUGGAUUCGCCAUUAUUAGAAUGUCCUAGUUUUGAGUCGCCAGUAAUGGAAAUUAUCAGAACAAGAAACAACAAAUUGGCAGCUUGCUCUUCUAUGCGCCAAAGGUUAAUGGUGAGAAGAAGUUUUUCUUCCCCGAAUACAGCUUCAAAUGUUUUGGAACCCCUUACUUUCAAUAGUUCAGAUUCAACUUUUAUGCCAAUUGAAGUUGCUGAAAACAUUGAAGAAAACCACAGUGAUCUUUCAUUGUGUGAAAUGUCAGAUGAAUUUCCAGAUCUGGAAACUGAUUUUGAAAUAAGGAGAAGGAAAGCAAGCGGAAGAUCUAAUUCUGCUCCACCUGGAACAAUAGGCAUGUUUACAGAUCACUACAGUAGUGAUGAUGGCUUUUUCGAUGAAAUUUCACCAGAAUAUUUGAGUAGUUCCCCUACAAACAUUCCACCCACUUUUAUUGGUUUAAUGGAUGCUCCUUUAGUUUCUAAUUAUGCAAAUUCUGAAGAAGAUAAAGAAAAUGCUCCUAAUUUUGUACAAAGAAAUAGAACUUUUCAAAAACCAACUGGUAUUCCCCUUAAUAGGAAUCGUUCGCAAUCUUUUUCCAUCAAGAGAGACAAACCUGCUGAUGGAAGCAGUCCUGUAUCCAGGAAAAAACAUAGAAGUUGGAUCUGUAGAAGCAAUUCAUUAUAUGAAACAGAUCCUGCUUUAACUCCAUUAGAAAAGAGAUUAACAGAUAACAAAGGUCCUGUAAGAACUUUGCAACGUUCACAAUCAUUCGAUACUCAUUCAACAAAGUCACCAAGUGUGGAAAUCACAUCUUUGUUUGAUAUGGAUGAUAAAAAAAUGAUUGGUGAUCGAUCUAGGGAAUAUUCGUUGCCUAUCACAAAAAGUAAACAUCUUGAUCUCAAAGGAAUUACUCCAGAAACUCUUGCAAAUAUGAUGGAUAAUGUUUAUCAAGAUGUUAUUGAUGAAUACUACAUAAUUGAUUGUCGUUACCCCUAUGAGUAUGAUGGCGGACACAUCAAAGGUGCCAUUAAUAUUUAUGAAAAACAAGAAACUGUUCGUCAGUUUUUAAAGUCUCCAAAAAUUAAAAAUGGAAAACGAAUUGUGUUAGUAUUUCAUUGUGAGUUUUCUUCUAAAAGAGGUCCAGAAAUGAGUCGUUUUUUGCGUAACAAAGAUCGUGAUAUACAUCAACAUUGCUAUCCAAAUCUUUAUUACCCAGAAAUGUAUAUACUAGAGGGCGGUUACAAAGAGUUCUUUAACCAAAAAAAGGAGUAUUGUACGCCCGAAUCUUAUCAAGAAAUGGCUGAUCCGAAUUUUGCGCAGGACCUAAAAAAAUUUAGUAAACGUUCGAAAUCAUGGACAGAAGAUAAAUCUGGACGCAAAAGAACUGGACUUAGGUACUAAAUAAAUUAUUGCAUGUAUAUAAUAAAAAUAUAAUUGUGGCUUCAACAGGUAAA